AUGCCACUGUUGCCGCCCGGCGAACGUAAUCUGACCGAGGCGGAAAAUGCAGCGGAACGCGCCCGCAUCCGCCAGGAGUUCUUUGCCACCUAUGACGUGAUGACGGGCGUACGGAUUGCGGCCACUCUGGGCGGCUUCUUUGGCCUGAUGGUCUUCCUCAUCGUGUGGAAGAGUCGCAGCAGCAGCAAUGAAACCCUCAAGGUGCUCAAAGAUCCCAAAAUGGCAGCCGUCGCCGCCGUCUGCAUGCAGGAGGAGGAGGAGCGGGAGUUGCAGGAGGCCAUCGUUGCCACCGGCAUGUCCAUCUAUCCGGAUGAGUAUGAUGCACUCGUCUAUCGACGGCAGCGCAUGCUCUCCCUGGGCAAUGUGAGUGCGCCGCCGUUGCUGAAUCGCGGCUAUCGCUGUGCCUCUGUGGCUGGUGUUGGUGUGCCCGGUGCGACUGGUUAUAGCUAUCUGCUGGAGCCACCGCGUCGCUUUUCGUAUUCGGCACUCUCCGCUGGAAGCGGUGCUCCUGGUGCACCCGGCAGACGGAAGAGCGGCUCGGAAUCGUCAAGGAUCUUCAGCAAUUAUCCGAUGGGUGGCAGCUUUGGCACAGAUGAUUACUUUAUGGAAACGGAGGAUGAGCUGGACCACGAGGAGUAUAUGCAGAGGGACGCACACGAUCAGGAUCAGGAUCACGAGGAGGAGGAGGACCAAUUGCAUCAGCGCACAGAUUCCACGCGCAGCAAACCGGGGUUUCUGUCCGUCCCAAUGGCGGGUCACGAUUCGCGUCGGAGCAGUGCGAUGACCUGUUGCAGCACUGAUAGCUCCUAUCUGGAGCGACGGACCUCUGCCUACACGCUGGGCAUGAGCAAUCUGCCGCCGACGCUGCAACGGAAGCUGUCGACUGCGUCGCGUACAUCGAGCAUAGAGAACUGGGACUACUACUAUCCGGACAUACAGGUGAUACAGCCGACGCCAAAGGCAUCUCCCUGUCCCUCGGAGCGGAGCAUACACGAACCGAUGCCAACGCCGAGUGUGAAGAAACGGGAAGUGCCUCCGGCUGGAUUGGGUGCGCCCAGUUUUAAGCGCAAGCACAGCAUUGUCUCCUAUGAUCCGGAGAGUGCCCAUGCCGGACGCAAGCAGCAGAUACACUCGAUCAGCGCCGAUACUGUGGAUGUCUAUCCGUACAAUCAGACGACGCAUCGGAUGUCAUCGGAUUUUGUGGAUGAUGUGGUUAAACCGGUGCAAUCGGCACCGCCCAUCACCCCGGCGCAGCAAGCGUUUCAUUUCUGCGAAUCGCCGUCGGAGGAGCUGCGUCUGGGUGUGCGUCGCAAGCUGACGCUGGUCGAGCUGCAGCGCAGCGUGGAGAGCAACAACAACAGCUAUCCCUACACAACAAAUGCCGGCACGGGAACAGGCGCAGUAGCCGGAACGGGAACAGGAACGGGCACAGGCACAGGCACAGGCACAGCUCCGGCCACAUCUAGCAGCAUUAGUGUUGACAGCACGCCAGUUAGUUUGGAUCGGCUGGAGCGGAAUGGCAGCGGCGCCAGUGGUGUCAGCUUGGGCAAGGUGCUGCAGCAGGCGCUGCUCCAGGAUGGCAAACGGGCGCCGCUCGCCUCGUUAAGUUCCUUUAAGAUAUCCUCUCUGGAAUGCGGCGACUCGGAAUUGCGCUCGCUCGAUGAGGAUUCGGUGUUUGGCCUGGCGGAGGACACCGAUGAUGAUAUGCAGCAGCUGAGCAGCGAUAGCGAGGAGCAAAUUGUGCCGGCAACGUUGCCCACAACAGAUGCCCAUCAGCUGCCCGGCAAGCGUUUGAGCUUGGGCGCUGUGCCCGCCGCCGUCGCCGUUGGCUUGAUGGGUGCACGACCUCGACGUCCGCUGCUGCAACGACAUCGCACCAUUGGCGGCAGCUGCAGCCGCAAUACACCAGCUACUCCUACAGCUGCGCCAACGGCUGCUCUGCCUCCUCCUCCGCCGCUGGAGACACAUUUCGGUGCAGUGAUUAGCAGUCCGCCACAGCGUCGCGGGCAACUGUUGCAGCAGCACAGUGAUCCGCAAACGACAACGACGACGACAACAACGACAACGACGACCACAACAACCGAGGAGGACACCUGUUCCACGCUCAACACGGAGCUGGGCCUGCUCGAGGUGGCUCCCUCAGCUGGCGGGGAAUCUACACAAUACAGCAGCCUCAAUACGGUCAUCAGUGUGGGUGCACUGUCCACGCCAAGUCCAAGUCGUGGAGCAGCUCCAAUUCCAAUACCCGUCGCACAACUGCCAUCCAAUUGUAGUAGCUGUAGUGGUAGCAGUAGACUGGGCCACGAUCCGUGCCCCACCUCCAUAUCGGACUCGGUGAUAGCGCGGCCGCCAACCAUUUGCAUGCCCAACUCGCUCAAGGAGCUCAUCUUGCGCGGCGCCAGCAAAAGUGCCCACAAUCUCAGCUUGCACAGUGGCGAGAUGACAGCGAUGACAGCGACGCCAGCUGUUAUCCUGGAAUUGCCACUAAUCCGACUGCCCACAGAUGAGGAUGAGGAGGAUGCAGCGAUUGCCGUUGGGGCUGCGAAUGUGGUGGAGGAGGAGGACGUUCCGGAUCCGGAUCCAGAUGCAAAAAGCGAUGAUUCCCGGUCGCGUGAUCCCAGCCUGCCCGGCUCGGCCAGAAAGUGGUCGAAGGAGACGCUAUUCUAG